AUGGAGCCUUCCCCGUUUAAUAGAAGACAAUGGACUUCCCAGUCUUUGAAAAUCACUGCGAAGGAGCUUUCUCUAGUCAACAAGAACAAGUCCUCAGCUCUUCUGGAGAGGUUCUCCAAGUAUCAGAAAGCAGCUGAAGAAGCCACUGCUGAGAAAAGAAGAAGUAACCCAGAAAAUCUCCCCCCUCAUUUUAAACGGGGGAAUCUGAGUGUGUUAAAGAAGAAGUGGGAGAAUCCAGUGCCGGGAACAGAGUUUCGGAAGGAAACGCUCCGGGGCAGCUGUGCUGAGGUUGGGCACAAGGUCGGCAGCCCCGGGCUGGGAGCCGGGAGCGCUCCCGCUGCUCCCCCAGACGCGGAGCGACCCCCGGGGGCUCCUGCUCCCGCUUCCAGCCCCCCCGAGCAGCCGCGGGGUCCCGCUGGGGACAGCAGGAGGCUUACAAGCCACUCAGCGGAGAGUGGGAAAAUGGAAAACUGUCUGAGAGAGCCCCGGGAAGUGGAGAAGCCUGAAGGCAGCGAGAACGCGGACUCCGCGGGGAAGAUCGAGAAGUACAACGUUCCUCUGAGCAAGAUCAAGAUGAUGUUUGAGAAGGGGGAAGCGGCUCAGCCCAAGGUCCCCAGAGACCAGAGGAAGGCAGCAGUUGGGAGGAGAGUCUCUGAAAACAGCCUCUCUUCGGAGGACUUUGAUGCUGGCCAAGGGGAGAAGAGCCACAGUGCAUCAGGGCAUCUUAUAGAGACUAGUCCAGCCCUCAGCCCAGAGAAGGCAGAGACCAAGAGAAGCCUGGAGAUGCCUCGCUUGUCAGAAACAUCGAUAAAGGACAGACUGGCCAAGUACCAGGCAGCUGUGUCCAGGCAGGGCAGCUCCUCAGGCCCCGUCACCAUGAAUGAGAUUCAAGCCAGUGAAAGUGAACUCAAGAAUUACAAAUCUGAGCAGAAGGAGAAUAUGCCACCAAGUCUUGAGGACUCCAUUUCCUGUCAGGAUGGGGAGAAGGUUUCUGCAGGUGAGAACAACUUGUCUUUCCACUCUGGUCUUCUAGAGGAUGGCAAUGUUGGACAAAACUUGGAGAGAGAGACAGAAGUUCAGAAACCUGUCAGCACAAAGCAGCAAAACAUUGCUUCUAAAACAGCUGGCCAGACAGAUGCAUCUCUGCCAAAAGGAGUUAAGAAAUUUCAGUUGCCAGUGAAGGAAACCUGCGUGGGGUGUCAGAAGACCGUGUACCCGAUGGAGAGGCUCUUUGCCAACCAGCAGGUGUUUCACAUCAGCUGCUUCCGCUGUUCCUAUUGCAACAGCAAACUCAGUCUUGGUACAUAUGCAUCUCUGCGUGGGAAUAUUUACUGCAAGCCUCACUUCAAUCAGCUCUUCAAAUCCAAAGGCAAUUAUGAUGAAGGCUUUGGACACAAACAGCACAAGGAAUUAUGGGCAGGCAAAACUGAAUGUGAAGAAUCCCCAGAGAAAACUGUCCAGGGUGUAAAUGCAGCAGAAAGUCCACACAGCCCAGGAGUAGAGGAUGCCCCAAUUGCAAAAGUAGGAGUUCUGACAGCAAGUAUGGAGGCAAAAGCUUCAGCUUUGCCUGAGAGAGAAGAGAAACCAGCAGAAACAAAAAAGCUCCGGAUCGCCUGGCCGCCUCCUUCUGACCAAAGCAUUCAAGGAAGUGCCUUAGAUGAGGGCAUCAAAGUACUCAAACCCAAGUGGCCCCCAGAAGAAGAGAUUUCCAAGCCAGAUGUGCUGGAGGAUGUGGAUCUAGAUCUGAAAAAGUUAAGAAGAUCUUCCUCAUUGAAGGAAAGAAGUCGUCCCUUUACAGUUGCAGCCUCAUUUAGAACAGUAUCUGUUAAAGGCCAUAAAACAGAGAAUUCACCUUCUCCUUCUAAGGCAGAGAGAGACAAGUUGAAAAGAAGUGAGGAACUGGAAAGAGAGGUCCUGGUAGACAAAAAGCAAAAGGAAAAGAAGGUUGAGAAUAGGAACACCCAGACUGCUGAAGAGAAAAACCUAGAGGAAGAACAGGAUUUGUCUCAUGUCAAAGCAGUAGAGCACAACUUUGUAGAAAAUGGGCAGGUGAAUGCAGAGACAGAUGAGGAACAACACAUGAUGGAAGAGCAGGAACUUCCAAAUGAAGAAUUCCUUGAACCAAAUUCUCCUAAACAUUCCAGCUUAGCCAAUGUCAUGACUGCUAAGGAAUCAUCCAACCAGAAUCGCAAAUCCCAAGAUGUUGGUUUCUGGGAAGGUGAAGAUAUGGAAGAUCUGUCUGUGGAAGAACAGAUCAAGAGGAAUCGUUACUAUGAAGAUGAUGAUGAAGAAUAA